AGAGCGCUUAUGGAUAUUUUAAGACCUGGGGAUUUUAUUUUUGAAUGGCCCUCGAAACGCCCUAUAUAAAUGUGGUUGUCGUCUAACUCCGGGUGGUGGCCAUUUGUAAAGCUUGCUGCUGCUAUUUUUUUACAUUCAAUUUUUGAUAAUGUAAUGAAAGGUGAGAAUUUCAUGUUUUAAUUUCCAAAUUAAAUGGGGGGAAAAGAAAAACUGUACAGAUGACGUGGACAAACGUAGCCACGAAUAAACCGGAAUGUUAGUAAUUAUGUAAGAAUGCGGGGUGUUUUAACUGUUAGUUUCAAGCAGGCUUUUGCGAUUCAAGAUAUCGUGUACAAUAAUGGUUCAUUUUUAUUUUGAAACUUUAUACCGGAAGUAUGCAAGCUCAAUUUCUUCCGGGGCAAUCUUUGUCAUUCAUUCGCUACCUCAUUUCGAAAGAUGUUAUCCAAUAACCACACAUUAUAAAACUUGUGCUGCUACAUUAAAACAAAUACAUUCCGUUUGGUUGAGUCAAGUAGAUGAAGACAAACUUUUUUGUAGUUAGCAUGAAUGUGAAAUGUCUCACCCCUACGAGAACGACACAGCAAUAGUUGACACGAGUAGUGUCAUUGCUACCUAGCAUAAUGGUUUUCCUGCACCGAUGCAUUCUCAGUCGGUUUUACGAAUCAAAACCGAAGGCAGGUGUCCUGCUGCUCCUGAGACGGUGCGAGACCCGUGAUACAUUUUCCCAAGAAGUUACUCAACCAAAACAUAACCGAGGUACCAUGGCUAAAAGAACCUUCUCACGGGUAGCAGCUCCAAAUCAGGAUGGACUGAAGAGGGUUUCUAUUGAGGGGAACAUUGCAGUUGGAAAGUCAACCUUUUCAAGACUCCUGGGAGCAGCUUGUCCAGACUGGGAGGUGGUUUCAGAACCUGUCAGCAAAUGGCAGAAUAUUGUCAGCGGGACCUCAAAGGAAAAGACUGUGAGCAACCUGCUGGAGAUGAUGUACCAGGAUCCUCAACGCUGGUCGUACACCUUCCAGACGUACUCGUGCAUGAGCCGCUUCCAAACGCAGCUGCAGCCCACACCUGCGCGCCCAUUCCACUCAGAAGGAGCGCCAAUGCGGAUUUACGAGCGUUCCGUCUACAGCGACAGAUACAUUUUUGCCCUGAGCAUGUAUGAACUGGGUUGUAUCAACUCGACAGAGUGGGCAAUCUACCAGGACUGGCACUCGCUGCUUGUCGAUCAGUUUGGACACCGGGUGGCGUUAGAAGGCAUCAUCUAUCUCAAAGCGCCUCCUGAGAAAUGCAUGGAGCGCCUGCAGCGGCGAGGGAGGCCAGAGGAGAAGACUUUGCAGCUGGACUAUCUGCAAAAAUUACAUGAGCAGCAUGAGAAGUGGCUUGUGGAGAAAACAACCGAGAUCCAUUUUGAGUCGUUGAAAAAGAUCCCCGUGCUGGAGCUGGAUGCCAGUGUGGAGUUUCAGAGUGACCCAACAGCACAGGAGAACUUCAUCAGACAGGUGAAGGAUUUCUUCACUGCUUUACGAAGAGAGGGUCAUUCGCACGUGCCAGUACAGCAGUCAGAACAGGCAUGUGACAUGAAUCCUGGCAGAGAUCCAAGCUCAAUGACUCAGUCUUGAAACGGUGGAUAAAGAAGCUAAACUGCAGUUACUGUUGGACCGCACCCUUUGAAGCACACCUGUUUUUAGUAGAAUGUUUACUUGCAGCAAUUUGUUCUGUUACAUUUCAUCAGGUAUACAUCUGCUAACUAAUGAGAGAAGAGCUGGAUCAAAAGUAUGCCUUUAGACAGAUAAUAAAGCUCACUUAUUAAUGGACCCACCCUAUUUCAAUACACGAGAAGCCAGAAAAUAUU